CACCCAUGAGCGCCGGAGACGGCCCCAAGGAGCCGACAAAGUGACGAUACCAUUGCCUUUGUCGUUAGGAAGUAAAGAUGGCGCCCACGCAUGUAUUAAGAUGCUGCCAACGGGGUUUAGCUUGGAUUCCGGUUAUUUUUAUAGCUUUAGUUGUGUGUUGGUCGUACUACGCCUAUGUCGUGGAGCUCUGCAUAAGUACCAUCCAGAGUCCAGGCGAAAAGAUUGUCUACCUGGUUCUGUUUCACGUCUCGUUCGUCAUGUUCGUCUGGUCCUAUUGGAAGACCAUAUUCACCAGGCCGGCAAGCCCAUCCAAAGAGUUUUGUUUGCCAAAAGUGGAGAAGGAGCAGUAUGAGAAGGAGGAGCGUCCAGAGAACCAGCAGGAGAUCCUGAAGAGGGUCGCCAGCAGCCUGCCCCUAUACACUCGCACUGGGGCCGGGGCCAUCCGCUACUGUGACCGCUGUCAGGUUAUCAAGCCUGACCGAUGUCAUCACUGUUCCGCCUGUGACAUGUGUGUUCUAAAAAUGGAUCAUCAUUGCCCCUGGGUAAACAACUGCGUGGGCUUCUCCAACUACAAGUUCUUCAUCCUCUUCCUGGCCUACUCCCUCGUCUACUGCCUCUUCAUCGCUGCUACCGUGCUCCAGUACUUCAUCAAGUUCUGGACACUGUGCCGGAGGAAAUCAGCUGAGAAUUGUCCACAGAAUGAUCUGCCCGAUACUCACGCCAAAUUCCAUGUGUUAUUUUUGUUUUUUGUGGCGGCCAUGUUCUGCAUCAGUAUCCUGUCUCUCUUCAGCUACCACCUGUGGCUGGUGGCCAAGAACAGAUCCACUAUAGAGGCGUUCAGGGCCCCUGUCUUCAGGAACGGGCCUGAUAAGAACGGCUUCUCGCUGGGCUUCACUAAGAACAUCUCUCAGGUGUUUGGAGAUGAGAAGAAGUUCUGGCUGCUGCCCAUCUUCACAAGUCAAGGAGAUGGGCUAACGUUCCCAACUCGUCUGGUGAACAUCGACCCAGAACAGCCGACAGUAAUACUACCGCCGGACAGCAGUAAGAGUACAGGCGAUGGCUCCAUCCCCCAGAGUCCACUGAGUGACUCCCAGAACCGCCUGCUGGGCAGCGAACAGCACGUCAGUGACGACCACUUGAGCAUCGACCCACUCAAGUCAGACGGAACUGAUGUCAUCACAGUUUACGUGGAGAGCGAGUCAUAGCUAGCAGAAGAGGUGUGAGCAGGGGACAUCGGGUUCCCCUCUGUGCUCCCUGGACUCCCCAUAGGCUUGGAAAGUUCCUAGGGAAAGAACAGCCAUCAAAUCAGAUGCCUUAAAUGGACCUCCAUCCACCCUUGCUUUAUCCUGGUGGGAAGACAUGUCUACACACAGACACACACACACACACACACACACACACACACACACACACACACCUACACACACACCUUAUGAGACUGGCAUGUGGACACCACCUCCUCAGUCAAUCCUGAAGAUGAUGAUGAUGAUGAUGAUCUUGUCAUCUUAUCCCAUCGCUCCUUUUAUUACCUCUUUUUUUGGUUUUCUGUUUUUGCUGGAUAAAGAUUUACAGUAAGGAUCGCUCUUCUACUCCCCCUCCCCCACACACUUCUCCACACCCCACCUCACCUUGACCUCAUGGCUUGACCUCACUUGGAAUAUGUACUGUACACACCUCAACAUAACACUCAUAUGCCAACGUUACAUUACCAUGACAUCGCAACACAACACACCCCACACUCAUACCAAUAGGCACGUCACCUCUAAGCCCCCAGUAUACAUGCACCAUCUUAAAAAAAAAAAAAAACACACGCACACACACACACACGUCACGUUCACUCAAGAGAGUUUAGUUUAACUUGACGGUACUCUGUGGUUUGGGAGACUUUGCAUCAGUCCCCUUCUGAGGCUCCAUGUUGAUUAAGCCAUCCCCGAGUCGUCAUGCAGCCAUUAUGAGCUCCAUAUGCCUGUGCCAAGCAAUCCUGAAAUGUGUUUGUUCACAGUUUGUCGUCUGUUUUCUUACAAAUAAGGUUGUUUUACUGUGCUGUGUUUUCAGAUGAUCAUACAGAUUGUGGAAAUGCUGCUGUCAAACAAUGUUAGCUAGUUGGUCGGUUAGAAUUGAAAAGAUAUAUUUUACCAGCCUUGUUCUUUAUACAAGUCUGUGCUUUUUGUUUAAUUUGCCAAAGGACGAGACUUUUAGGCUUUUCGAACAGAGGACACCUCCAUUUGGUUUCAAUUAAGCUUAAAGGUUAAAUCAGCUUUGCGGUCACCCGCGUGUGCUUUUUAUGUUGUGGGUCUCCGGUGUUUAAAGCGAGUGACUGCUCUCCUGUUUUUUUAGUCAAAUUGGGCUGGCGUCCCACAGAGCAGAGUCAUCUGCAGUGCAGUGGAGGAGACUGGAGAGACACUUGAGGACGCUUAGACAGUUAAAACCCUUUGCUUAGUGCACAUUGUAAAAAUUACAAGUGGCGUGUCUCAAAUGGCGCACUUGUGCACUUCAGGCACUGUUUCAGUGCGUAGGGUCCUCACGCUAAAAAUGUUGGUAAAUCCAGUGUACCAAAAGAGCCCGUAUGCUGUCUAACAACGGUCAAAAGCGCCGUGCAUGAACGAUGGACACAUUUUGGCGUGCUAAUACUAUACUAGUCCUUCACGUCCAGUAAUGGCACAACAUUAGUGGUCCAAACUUGCACUGUGUGCACUUUGCACUACGGUAAAUGCUAGUGCACUGGCACAAGUGCGCGAUUUGAGACACAGAAAAGGGUCCUCUCCAUUGGGGAAACCCCUAAAGAUUAUCUCAUGAGCCUAUAGGUGUUUGGAAGAACGCCAAGGUUUUCUUGAAGGUUCCUACGAGAACCUUUUGAGAUGUUCCUCCACAGUGCCAAUCCAAUCAAUUCCUAAAGGUUCUCUGAGGAACUUUGGGGUUGUUUCUAGAACAUUUAGGUUCUUCAGAGAUGCUUUGGGGUUCCUCAGGGAACUAGUGGGUGGAUGGAGAGUUCUGUGAUGAACUUUCCAAUUUCAGCAGUGCAGGGUCAAGGCAGUCUGUCAAGUGAGAAGGAGAUUUGAUUUUGGUUUAUGUGUGCCUUACUUCAAUUUUUUUUUAAAAAUGCAUUUCAGUCAAGAUGUCAUAACAUUUUUUGCAGAUGCUAUGGGGGGUUUUGGUUAUGCACCAGGGGUAUCAUUUACCUGUGGAUUCAGACACAUUUUUUUACAAUAGCUACCUGAGAGACACUUUGCAAAAGUACCUGUCACUAAGAUGUUAAAUCAUGAAGGGAUUCGAGCAUAGCUUUGGCCGUUCGACCCUGCUCGCUGGAACAUGUUUUAUUUAAUCAUGCACUACGAUGGGAACAGAUUUCCAUCAGAUCCUGUUUCUUGAAGGGUCGUAUGGUCUUGCUUGUCAAAGAAAACAUGAAAGAAAGCAAGAUGGAGGCGAUCAAAGGAAGAGAGGAGAUUUGUAUCGAGGUUUAAUUUCAAUUAUUUUCAUUCUAAGUGUAUGUUUAAUCUAUCCUGAUGUUUACAAUUUUUGUGUGUCUGAUGAAGAGAGGGGCUGUGACAAAUAAGACCGACAGACAGUCAGUCAGACCUCCAUAUUGUCAGAUAAAUGUAGAGAUAGUAGGCCAAGGCUAGCCUGUGCGUGUGGCCUGGAGAUUCUAAAGGGAUUGAUUGUUUAACGGCUCUGAGAAAAAGGCUUUAGCCAAAGCCUUACAGACCGAGUCCUGAAAAAGGACAGAUGUGUGCUUUGGAUAAUGUUCAUGUGUGUGUACGGACACGAGCACAAGAAGGAGCAUUUGCACUUUUUAAAGAAAAAAAAAACUUUUCUUCUGCUUUGUUUUUCUUUUUCUUUUUUUGAAGAUGUACAUAAUCUAAUUCUGCUUGUAUGUUUUACUUGCUGUGCACACUGGAUCAUGUUCUCCCAAAAGCUUUGGCCCCAGACUGGCUCUCAUUCAGAAGACGGUUUGGAAGGCAUGUGGUAGUUAGCGGUUAGGGUUCAGAUUUGAUUCACAACCGGACGUAAAGACAAGCAAACAAAAAAAAAUGAUUGCCAAACACAAACUGCUCUGGUCUGCUCUGGCAUUGGAUGAGAGGAGAGGAGUUUUUUUUUUUCAUGUAAUUAAAAGUUGUAUGACUGAAGUGAGUCAAGACCGUGACUCAGAAUGAGUUCUCUCUGCUGCUUGCCUUUCUGAGGAAAGACCUUCCUGAUCUUGUAACUGUGUGUAUGUGUGCGUGUGUGUGUUGGUGCGUGUUAAUGGUUGAGUCUUGAGGCUCAGACAGUACCGUCUUGGCCCAAGCUGUUUUACACGGAGUCCUUUCCCUGAAAUACAACCUGUGGUCGAGUUUUUUUUGUGGACAACAUGUAACGUGUAAACAUCUUGCAUCUGCUAACCUUCUGUUUCUGCUCUCUGGGGUUGGCAUCUCUCUCUCUCUCUCUCUCUCUCUCUCUCUCUCUCUCUCUCUCUCUCUCUCUCUCUCUCUCUCUCUCUCUCUUUCUCUUUCUCUCUCUCUCUCUCUCUCUCUCUCUCUCUCUCUCUCUCUCUCUCUCUCUCGCUAAACAAAUAAUCCAAGCUCUGAAUUUAUUUAUGCGGAUUGUUUACAGUUGGUGAGUGUGAUACCUCACCAUAAGCAUGGCCAGUGCCAUCAAGCCAACCACAUGACUUGUAUGGUUGCUUGCGCUGGUGACUUGUGGUCCUUCUUGAUGGACUCUUUCAAUAUCCAUGCUGAACAACAGGUGGCAGCACUCAUUCAGCAUCCAACAUGUGACCUGACGCCCAAGGUCAAUCCUCUGAUGUAUGAGACAUGUUUUCCAGUGAUGCAGUAAAAAAAAAAAAAAAACUCUAAUGGCCUCCAUUUUUGGUAUUCUUUUCAUAUAUUUUUUACAUACAUUUUUAGGAAACCUAAUAUUCCCUUUGAAAUCCAAAGUCUGAAGCUGUUGUUUUUUGGUGACUUGUGUGUUUUUGGUAUGGUCCCUGUAGUUGACUGUGUGAAUGAGUUCCUUAAACAUGUCCACUGUGUGUGAGUGUGUGAGUGUGUGUGUGUGUGUGUGUUGAGUCUAGUGACUUUUGUUGAAUGUUCUUGAGAUGUUGGUGGUGGUGCCAGUGGUCCUGAUCAUUAGGGCCACAUUCAGAGUGUCAUUCUACUCGUAUGACUCGUAUGUUUUUGCCAUGUGGUGACUUGUGUUGUAGUGAGCCGUCUUUUGCACCACCAUGCAUCUGUACCCAAGUCCUGGAUCAUCAUAAUUACAUAAUUCAUUAAUAACUGAGUUCUAAGAAAUCCUCUACGGGAGUGUGAUGGAGUGUGUUGUGGGUGUGCCAGGACAAGGAGCCUGGCUCUUUGGUGCAGCAGUCAGACAUCAUGCUUUCCUACUCUGGUACGGGUUCGAAGCUGGGCAGGGUGAAUCUCCUCUCCUUGGCACACCUGGUGUCACACCUGGUUUGGGUAAUUCUGAGGUAGUUUGAAGCUGCAUACUUCUCUGAAGUUGUAUGUCUUCAUAAACAAAAUGUCAAUGAGUGUUUCUGAAGGCACAUUGUUUGACUACCUCUGGCUCAGAGGAACCAGGAUUCUCCCUGAACCAUCUUUUGUUGUAGGUAUUACCAGAGAGAGAGAGUUGAGGUAGGGUCUCUGAUCCAUUUCCGCCCCUUGCUAUACAUGCAUCAUAACGCUAGGAAUUGCUGACUGCAUCUAUUUGUGUUCUUUUAACUGGCGGUUAAAUCCAUCAACGAGCUGCUGUACUGUCUACACCUCCAACAAAACACACAUGCCGAUGGCAGACAUUGAUCCUCAAUUCUUUCCAGUUAACUGUUUGCGAAAAAAAGAUUUGCCUCUCGCCAAUCACUUUGCAGAAAGAAAAUGUCGCAGAAGAGGUUAAAACGUUAAUACGUAUGUGGUAUGACCUCAACUUCAGUCAUUGGCCAGAGGCAUCGUUAAAAAGCAUGUGGAACUACGAGAUUUGUACGCCAUUUUAAGUCAGUUUUUCCUCCCAUUUUUUAAGCAAAAAAGAACAUUUGACGUUUAUCUUAUUGUUUUGUCUUUUGAUUUUACAUGUUUUAAAGUAUCUUUGAAGCCAUAAUCACUUCUUAUAAGGAGGGAUAUUUUGGACCAUUUUAAUGUCUUACUUUGGUGAUUACCAAACAUCUGUUUUACCAUAUGGAAAGUGCAAAAGACAUUUGUACUGCGCUUAUUGUACAAGCUUUGGUUGCGUUUGUUUUUGAUGUCAUCUUUUUAAAAUGUGUAUAUACAGUAUAUAUAUUGAUAAUGUGAAAAAACAACCUUGUAUUUUAUUUUCUCACCUGAUUAACUUUAUUGUUGAAUAUUUUGUGAAUGAAUUACUUGCAUAUAAAUAUCUUGCAAUUAUUUGAAGACACAAUAAAUGUUCUUUUUUGUAAACUUA